AUGUUUAAAUUAAUACAAAAGACUACAACAACAUCUAAUAAUCAAAUUAGAAAUAGAAUAAUAAACACAACAACAUUAUUAAACAAUAGUAAUAAUAUUAAUAAUGCUAUAAUAUCAAAGAGAAACUAUCUUCAUAUUGGAAAGUUAGAACAAAGAGGUGUUAAGCCAAAAGUUGUUAUUCUUGGUUGUGGAUGGUCAUCUUAUGCUUUUUUAAAGAAAUUAAAUGGUGAUAAUUUUGAUAUCACAUUGGUAAGUCCAAGAAAUCACUUUUUAUUUACACCAUUGUUGGCUAGUACAUCAGUGGGAACAUUAGAAUUUAGAUCGGUCGCACAACCCGUUAGAAAUGCUAAAGACGACUUCAACUACCUACAGGCAGAGUGUACAAAGAUCAAUCACGAAGAAAAGUCAAUCGAAUGUCUCUCUACACUUCAUCACCAAACACCAUUCAAAAUCGACUAUGAUUACCUCAUCAUCGGUGUCGGUGCUAGAAAUAACACAUUCAACAUUCCGGGUGUAGAGAAAAACUCUUUUUUCCUAAAGGAAUUACAUCAAGCAAGAUCAAUUAGACAAAGAAUUAUAUAUUGUUUUGAAAUGGCAUCGCUACCAGAUGUUACACCGGCAGAGAGAAGAAAGUUGUUGAGUUUUGUUGUUUGUGGAGGUGGUCCAACUGGUGUUGAGUUUUGCGGAGAGUUGAAUGACUUGGUGAGUGAAGACAUCUCUAGAUGGUUCCCUAAUGUACCGAUGAACGAAGUGAAGAUUACACUGUUGGAAGCAUCAAAGUCGAUACUGAGUGCAUUCGACCAGAAUCUGGUGAAGAAAGCACUGGAGAAUUUCAAGGCAUCGGGUGUGGAUGUUCGUACAAACUCACCGGUGAAAGAGGUACACGAGGAGAAGGUGAUUCUCUCCGAUGGCACUGAGAUUCCAUAUGGUAUGCUUGUCUGGUCAACCGGUGUCGCACCACAAAAGUUUAUCAACUCACUGCCCUUCCCAAAGGACAAACAAGGUCGUCUACAAGUCGAUCAAUAUCUCUGUCUCGCUGGUCAAAAGAAUAUAUUUGCAUUCGGUGACUGUUCCAAUGUCAAUGAAACCAACUUGCCGGCAACCGCUCAGGUUGCACAACAACAAGGUAUCUACCUGGCAGAGCAAUUCAACAAUUCGAUCAAAGAGUUGGAGUCCAAACCAUUUGUAUACCAUUACUUUGGUAUUCUUGCAUACAUUGGACGUAAAUCAUCACUGUUCCAAACGAAUGCUGUUCAGGCAAGUGGUCUCUGGGCGUGGAUAGCAUGGAGAUCGGCUUAUCUCACCAGAUUAGGUUCACUAAGAAGUUUUAAUAUGGAAUUAAAUAAAAAACAACUCUAUAUGUUAACAAGAAUCUCCAAAGAUUAA